AUGGCGAAGCAAGCAGUGCUGGCUCUGUGCCUGGCGGCGCUGGUGCUGGCGGCGAGCGCCGGCGACCCGUUCAGUGCGGCGAACAACAAGCCGGUGAACGUGGCGCAGGAGCAGGCGAGUGACCCUACUGGGGCCGUCUCAGAUGUGAGCCCUGCAAUCGUGAAGCAAGCUACGACGGGCGACGCGGCGGGUAUCACCGUGGUGUCGACGGCAACCGACUCGAUGCUGUUCGCGGACGCUAAGUCGGCCGGGUGGAACAAGAUGAAGUGCCACGCGGAGCUGAAGCCGCACGCUGGUGCGUGCACGCCCUCCAACUGCAGCAAGGGCGGCAUUCCCGCCAAGUGGAAGACGUCGAACCUGCUCAAGAACAAGAUCGGUAUCGAGGUGUACGUGAAGGGUAACCCGCUGACGGUCAAGAAGGCGUCCCCUCAGACGUGCUGCAACACGUGCGCGUCGUCCAAGGGGUGCACGUACUGGCAGUACAUUCCCGACAUCACUUUGGACGGCAAGAAGACGGACGGCGCGUGCUAUCUCGUCAAGGACGAGAUCGACUACACGUGCGGCGAGCUGAUCGCGCAAUACGCGACGGAGACGAAGCCCAUCCACCUGCAGGCCCUCAGAUUGGUUUCAGGGUAUGCUGAUGGAUCAGCGUGCCCUGCCCAAAUUAGUGACCAAAUCAGCGUUGGGGGUCAAGUUUAUGCUGAUUUUGUCAUGGUAGGUUUCAUUGCAUAA